GAUGCCGUCACUUCCGGCGCGGGGGCGGGCGUCAUUUCUGGGCGGGAUGACGAGCCGGCGGGUUCGGGUGGCGGGGCAGCGGCGGGCGGCCAUGGCGGCGGGCAGCGGCGGCGCCCGCGAGGAGACGGUGAACCGCUGCGUGCUGCAGUUCUACUUCCACCAGGCCGUGGCGGCCUACCGCGCCGGGCGCAACCGCGACUUCCGCCAGCUCCGCGACAUCAUGCAGGCGCUGCUCGUGCGGCCUCUGGAGAAGGAGCCCGUGGUGGCCCAGCUGCUGCGCAUCAUGCAGUUCCUUUCACGCAUUGAGGAGGGCGAGAACCUAGAUUGCACCUUUGAUAAAGAGUCAGAGCUUACCCCUCUGGAAUCAGCAAUUGGUAUCCUGGAGCUCAUUCAGAAAGAGUUCUCUGUGGCUGAAAAGAAGAUGGAAUCUGUUCAAAAAAUGGUGAAAGAAGCUGCUGUUAUAAUUUGCAUCAAAAACAGAGAGUUUGAUAAAGCUUCAAAAAUUGUAAGGAGACACAUGGGGAAGGAUCCCAGCAGCCAGAAAAUGAGGACAGAGUUACUCGGUGUUAUCCGGGAGAAGAAUUUGGCUCAUCCAAUGAUCACAAACUUCUCUUACAAGAGUUUUCAGCACAGCGUGUUCCAGUUUGUGGAGACCUAUGUGGAUAAUUCGGAGCCAUUGCUGGUAACGAUGUUGAAAAAGACUUUGAAUUCAGAAUGUGCUGAAGAACCAAAAUGCCCAGCAGCAGCUCCUGAGUCUGCAAAUGGGGCAAGGGACCCAGCAGCAGCUCUUGAGCCUUCAAAAAGAGCAAAGGACCCAGCAGGAGCUCCCAAGCCUGCAGAAAGAGCAAAGGAUGUGGCGGGAGCUCCCAAGCCUGCAGAAAGGGCAGAGGACCGAGCAGGAGCUCCUGAGCUUACAGAAGCAGCAGCUAAUAUCUCGGAAGAAUCUCCAGAGCCUAUGGAAAUAUCUAAACCACCAGCAGCAGCAGCUCCAGGACCUACAGAAGUGUCCUCCAAGAACUCAGAAAGGCAGCCCCCUGGAACUGUAACCACGUAUGGGAUUUCUGUUCUGAGAGAAGCUUUCAAGAUCCUGUCGGACUCCCAGGAUUCUGAUGCGCUCUUCACCAAACUGGAUGAAACAGACAUUUCUUUCCCCAAGCAACUAUCUCCUUCUGUAUCCCACAGAACCAAGAGACGGAAAGAAGUGGAGAAUCAAGAUUCUGAGAUCUCAGAGCCUCCUGAAAUACCCCAUAAGGGCAAACGCUUGUUGACCAUAAGCAAACUGGUCAUGGAGCAGGACAGCCAGUGCAGCGAGUUGAGUGAGAGCCCAGACUCUUCCCAGGAGCCAGUUGUAUCUUCUGCUUCCAGACCUUCUGUUCAGAAAUCGCAUGACCAGCCUGUGUCUACUAAAAAUCCCAAGCCUGCUAAACCAAGGUGGAACAGCUCAUUUGCUGAAGAAGAAAAAGAUGUUUGGAGUGAGGAGGACGAUCUAUUCUCAGAUGCAGUAUCACUUGAGAUGAACAGCCACAACUCUGCGGUCUUCGGUUCCAAGAAGCAGAAAUGGACAAUACAGGAAAGUGAGUGGAUCAAAGAUGGAGUGAAGAAGUUUGGAGAAGGGAGAUGGAAGUCCAUUUGCCAAAAAUACCCCUUCCGGAACCGCACAGCAGUGAUGAUCAAGGAUCGCUGGCGGACCAUGAAGAAGCUGGGAAUUCUCUAAAAGUGGAAGCCAAGGGACCUUCAAUGCAAAAAUAUUCUUACUUUUCCUUUGAAAGAUGGACCAGAGCAAUAAUAGCAGUGAGGUUCCAGUGCUCUUCCCUGGUGGGUGAUGGGGACAGCAUGACUAUUUGGUACCGGAGAAUGCUGCAGCAGACAGAAACCACAUUUGACAGGAAUUAAGGCACCUUGUCUUUCUAGUUGUGGCUGCAAAGUUUAGAUCUUCUGCAGCUGGCAGAAGCUAUGCAGCCUGACUUGCACUUCCUCAGAAAUGGCCUGGAGUGAGACUUCCUCUGACACCUGACACCUGCAGCCUUUGCAGGAUGAAUUUCAACCUCAUCGGUUGCUAAAAUGACAGUUCUAUCUGCUCAGAUGCUGUCAAAUCAGUGGCUAUUUUUAUACGUUUUAAUUUGUCUUAAACUGCUUGUGAAUCUUUUGUCUGAUAGGCUUCCUCUACUUGCACUCAGUCCCUCUGGGGAGAGAGGCAGCACAUAGUCCCACAGAUUCUGUGGAGAAGAAAUUUAGGCAAGGUGAUCUGCUUUGGUUUUUUACAUUUCUCUCUGCUUUGUAAAUGUAUAGUUUGCAAGUGGGAAUUUCUCCCUGUGAGGUUCUUGAGGCUUUAACAGCAUGUAUAUUUUUUGUUUCAGUACUUAAGUAUUGGUUGUUCCCGCAUUAAAAGUUCGUGUUUAGUGAUUUUGA